CGCGCAAGAGGAGACUGGGGAGGGGUGGGCGUGCUCCGAAAGAGCGGAGUUCUCAUCCCCUGCACAGCGCUGACCACGCCCUCCAGCUGGUCCCAGAUUUACUGCUGGAGUGCUGGAUGGAGCCUUUCUCUGUCUGUGACACUUCCAGUUUUAGAUAAUGCCGCACAUCUCUGCACCCCCGGGACCCCCUGGAACCCCUGGAACUCCAAUGAUCCCGAAGAAGACAGCUUGAACCUAGAAUUUCCCUCUCCCUCCCCAGACCUCACCCCAGGAUGCUGCGGAGGCUGCUGGAGCGGCCCUGCACACUGGCCCUGCUUGUGGGCUCCCAGCUGGCUGUCAUGAUGUACCUGUCACUGGGGGGCUUCCGAAGCCUCAGUGCCCUAUUUGGCCGAGAUCAGGGGCCAACGUUUGACUAUUCUCACCCCCGUGAUGUCUACAGUAACCUCAGUCACCUGCCUGGGGCCCCCGUUGCCCCAGGGGGCCCUCCAGUUCCUCAAGGUCUGCCCUACUGUCCAGAACGAUCUCCUUUCCUAGUAGGUCCCGUGUCAGUGUCCUUUAGCCCGGUGCCAUCUCUGGCAGAGAUUGUGGAGCGGAAUCCCCGGGUGGAGCCAGGAGGCCGGUACCGCCCUGCAGGGUGUGAGCCCCGCUCUCGGACAGCCAUAAUUGUGCCCCACCGUGCCCGGGAGCACCACCUGCGCCUGCUGCUCUACCACCUGCACCCCUUCCUGCAGCGCCAGCAGCUUGCUUACGGCAUCUAUGUCAUCCACCAGGCUGGAAACGGAACAUUUAACAGGGCAAAACUGCUGAACGUUGGGGUGCGGGAGGCCCUCCGCGAUGAAGAAUGGGACUGCCUCUUCUUGCACGAUGUGGACCUCUUGCCGGAAAAUGACCACAAUCUGUAUGUGUGCGACCCCCGGGGACCCCGCCAUGUCGCUGUUGCCAUGAACAAGUUUGGAUACAGCCUCCCGUACCCCCAGUACUUUGGAGGGGUAUCAGCACUUACUCCCGACCAGUACCUGAAGAUGAAUGGCUUCCCCAAUGAAUACUGGGGAUGGGGUGGUGAGGAUGACGACAUUGCUACCAGGGUGCGCCUGGCUGGGAUGAAGAUCUCUCGGCCCCCCACAUCUGUAGGACACUAUAAGAUGGUGAAGCACCGAGGAGAUAAGGGCAACGAGGAAAACCCCCACAGAUUUGACCUCCUGGUCCGUACCCAGAAUUCCUGGACGCAAGAUGGGAUGAACUCGCUAACAUACCGACUGCUGGCUCGAGAGCUGGGUCCUCUCUAUACUAACGUCACAGCAGACAUUGGAACUGACCCUCGGGGCCCCCGGGCUCCCUCUGGUCCCCGUUACCCACCUGGGUCCUCCCAGGCCUUCCGUCAAGAGAUGCUGCAGCGCCGGCCCCCAGCCAGGCCUGGCCCUCUGCCUACUGCCAACCACACAGCCCUCCGGGGUUCACACUGACUCCUCCUUCCUGCCCACUUUAAUCAUGAAACUGAAUUCAAGGGGUUGUAUUCUCCCCACCCUCAGCUCCUCACUGCUCUUAGAGGGAUGUGGGGGAGCUGAACUCCAGUGCUAUGCUGGGGGGCAGGGGCCUCUCCUCACUGCUGGACUGGAGCUGGGCUCCUCUAGACCUGGGGAGGUCCCUCUUUCUAGGGUCUCCUGCAGGGCUUAUGACUGUGAAUCCUUGAUGUCAUUCUUUUAUGUGACAACUCCUGGGAGUCCCCUGCCCCUGGGGUAGGAGCAGGGCUGGACCCCAAGCCCCUUCCUCUUCCAUGGAGAAAAGCGUGAUCUGGCUUCUCCAGGACUUCUGUGAAUAUUUAUCCUAUUUAUGGUCCGGGAAGUGCUUUGGUGAAGGAAGCCCCUGCCUGGGUACUUUCUGCCAGUGCUGGAGUGGCUCUCUCUUCUGGUCCUGGCUCAGGGGGCUGGGAUUUUGAUAUAUUUUCUAAUAAAGGACUUUGUCUCGC